UCUUCUGAUUGACGGCUGCUCUGAACAAUCCCAGCAAGGAUCCCCUCAGCCCAGGCCUGUCUGACGGUGUUUGCGCAGCGGGAGAGCCCCGCGUACCGAGUCGCCGCGGGAAUGGAGCUCUACCACUGAGCCUUGGCCAUGUCCGUCCCGCGUAGCCCCGGGUGAGCGCCAUGUCUGUCAGCGGUUACACCGACCUGCGGGAGAAGCUGCAAUCCUUGUACCGGGACAGCCCCAAGGAAAGCGGCAAGCGGAAGCACCCGGCCUCGGACACGGAGGAGGAAGCGACGGCCGAGCAGGAGGAGGAGGAGGCCUGCAAGGUGCGCAGCGGCAUCCAACAGCUGCGGCUUUUUACCCCGGAGGAGUGCGCCCGUAUCGAGGCCAAAAUCGACGAGGUUGUGUCCCGGGCCGAUAAGGGGCUGUACCGGGAGCACACAGUGGACCGGGCCCCGCUUCGCAACAAGUACUUUUUCGGUGAGGGCUACACGUACGGCUCCCAGUUGCAGAAGCGGGGUCCCGGCCAGGAGCGGCUGUACCCCAAAGGCGAGGUUGAUGAGAUCCCCGAGUGGGUGCAUGAACUGGUGAUCCGCCGCCUGGUCCAGCAUCGCCUCAUCCCCGAGGGCUUCGUCAACAGCGCCGUCAUUAACGACUACCAGCCCGGCGGCUGCAUCGUGUCCCACGUGGAUCCCAUCCACAUCUUCGAGCGGCCCAUCGUCUCCGUGUCUUUCUUCAGCGACUCGGCCCUCUGCUUCGGCUGCAAGUUCCAGUUCAAACCGAUCCGGGUGUCCGAACCGGUGCUCUUCCUGCCUGUCAAGCGGGGAAGCGUCACCGUGCUCAGCGGAUAUGCAGCAGACGAGAUCACGCACUGUAUCCGACCCCAAGACAUCAAGGAGAGACGUGCUGUUGUCAUACUCAGAAAAACGAGGAACGAAGCUCCACGUUUGGAGACAAAGUCCUUUAGCAGCAGUUAUAACCCCGAGCGUCUCUCUGGCAGCAAACGGCAGCACGUCCUGAAACCAAAGCGAUCGCAUCGCAAGGCAGACCCAGACGCAGCCCACAGACCUCGGAUUCUAGAAAUGGAUAAAGAGGAGAACAGGCGGUCUGUGCUUUUACCAAAACCAAGAAAGCGGAGUAAUUUUAGCUCUGAGAACUAUUGGCGAAGGUCUUAUGAGUCCGUGGACGGCUAUGGUGAAAUAGGAGAGGACGAGGGAAGCCCAGCUCGCAAAGUUAAAAUGAGGCGGCAUUGAGGUAUUUGGAGUCCGCAGUCGCCGGGAGAAUAACUUUGUGGGACUUCGUGUUUUCUUCCUCCGCCGUUUUUCUGUAACCGGAAAUGUAUCGGAGGACCUAUGGAGGCCCCUUGUCCUGGAUCCCGGUCCAGCACGUUUUGAGUUGUGAUGUUUUCCGCUGGGACGGCCCGCGCCGGUACUUAGCUUUUUUGUAUGUCGGAGCUCAGACGGAGUUUGUUCUGUGAGCUUGAGAGCGACGCGCUGGAGGAACGGAGCCGUGUGGGGGGCAUUGUGCGGUUAUCCUUAAGCGAAGGAUCAGUACGUAUUGAAACGGAAUAUACUCCAAUAUUCCCAAAGAACAGUUUGGUUGCCUUUUCAAUACAAUUUUUGUUUAGCACAGUUUUUUUUUUCCUUUUUUCCCCCUCUUUUUCUUCUGUCUCCUGAAACAAAAUGUCUGUUAUCCCGGUGGAUCCCGAUCGAGGUUCUUGCUGAGCCUCAUGGGAGCCGCAGCUCAAGUCCCCGUCUGCUCCUCGGAUCCACUUAAUAAAUGCAAACCGCUAGGAAAUUUCAUAAAACGUUUUUUGAAAUGAUUAAAGAUACUCUAAAGAA